AUGGCAUCAGCCUCGCUCUCCAUCCCCAUCGCCUUUUGGAGCCAGAGCACACCCACCGCAACCAUAUCAACAACCUUCGCAUGCGAGGGCUACGUCGUCGCCGGCCUCGAGGAAGGUCUCAUAUGGGUCUUCAAAGCAACCUGCGGUCCGACUGAUGCAGGUCCACCCGAGGACAUCGUCUCGCUAGAUGUAGAGGGCGCCAAGGGUCUGAUGGAGCUUGCUAACUUGACGUCUCCUUUCUGGAUUGGGUUUGCUCGUAGGGAAACCGUUUCGGGGCCAAAGUUCAUACUCUGUGCUGGCCUGUCGAACGAGGCAUGCAUCCUGGACUCGACAUCGUUGGAGGUGGUCCGUGUCUGGGGCGGUCAUCAGGAUUGGGUCUACUGCACAGCGCUGCCUGGCGAUGGUAUCGUCCAUAGCUCUCUGGCCCACACCAACAUCAAAGCAGAAUUCUCUCGGUGUCAGCGGAUUGCAAGCUGUCGUUAUGGAUCUUUGACACCGCCAGUCUCGCGCCACUCCAAGGUCGACGUUCUCGAGCACUCGGCAAUGGAGCCAAGAUACGAAAUCCCAAGUGGCGAGUCGAGCGUCGGAGCCACAGCUACAGUUAGCGACUGGCGACCACCUUCCGACUAUCCACCUAGCGUGAUGGGCUUCAUUGCUCCAGUGCCAAUUUGCUUGGAUACAACACUGAUCAACCCCAAGGCAAAGUCUUUGACGUCGCCUUCAGUCACGUUCUCUACGAUGUUGAAUGACACCCUUGUCGCGUUGGGUCACGACAGCGGUGACAUUCGGGUCUGUCCUGUGGACGAGGCAUUACUUGAUCUGGCAUCUGGAUUUGUCAAUGAGCAUGCAAAGGAAACGACGGUGCUCAAAGGCCACAUCGGACCAAUAUCAAGCAUUUUUACAACGGAUGACUUAAUGGGUCGGUCGUUCAUUCUCAGCGGAGGCAAAGACUGCUCUGCGCGGAUAUGGAAUAUUGACAUCUAUCUGUUUGGUGGCUAUGAGCAUGCCCUUGUGUCGAUUCAGUGGAGACCACCAGAGGAUUAUAUUGUUCUGUGGCACGCCGACGAGACGGCAUUUGUCUGGCAGAUGCAAACGGGGCAUUUGGACCGCAUUGUGAAAGGAGAGACUGCGCGAGCGAUCAUGGCGGAUUCAAGGUGGAAAGUCUGUGAGAUAUCGCCUCGCCGACCAACGUCUUCGAAGAGGGCGUUCGAUUGCAUGACCGUGCCUCUAGGGGUCCCUGGCUCGAAAGCAACUGUGCCAGUUGUGGUGAUGAACCUCAAGUAUGUCCUGGGGAUCCUUUCACCGACUCGCAACACGGAUCAACAAUCAGACCAGCCAGGCUCCAAAUCAUCAGCAGUCAGUCCCCCAGAGCCUCAGACCUCGGCCCGUCACCGCCGGAUUUUCAGUGGGCAGUCAAGAGCAUCGGCGAAGGCAAAGCCAGGAGCAGUGGAAGAACCGGUCGUGUUAUCAGAGAUGGCUCAGCAGUGCUUGAGAGCCGCCAAGGUCGUCCUCGGUCUCUUGAUUACCGAGGACGAUGCCUAUGCGGUAUCCAUCAGAAACCUACUCAACAUUCCUCCUCCAACAAAAACAAUUGCUUUAGGAUUACGAGGGUAA